AAAGACUUUUUCUUUGAAGAUCUUUUUAGUAUUCAAUUCCCCCCACUUUCAACUUCCUCUACCCAUCUCCCCUUCCAUUCUACUUGGAUAUUCCCUCCGGCAGCCACCCUUUCGUAUCGUAUCUCCCAAAUUUCACAGUACCCAUAUAAUUGAAGCCUGCAAAAUCCAGUAUGUUUGGUCUCAAGAAACCCCAUCUUCACAGACCUGCUAAACAAAACUCAGUUGACCCUCGAUUACCUAGUCAACCUAGUGCCAAUCCAUUUGAUUCUGAUGAUGAGAUUGACAAAAGGUCAACCCAAAAACCCUCAAAAAGAACUUCAUCUGAACCUUCUUUAUCAACCCCAAAUUCAACAAUCAGUCUUUUUGAUGAUAAUGAGGUUAAAGGGACCUCAUCUUCCUCUGGGUACUCUCUUGAUCAUGCAUCAAGAAACAAAUACAAGAACGAUUUUGUUGAUUCUGGUGGUAUAGAAAACCAAAGUACCCAAGAAUUGGAGCAUUAUGCUGCAUAUAAGGCUGAAGAGACUACAAAGACUGUGAAUAGUGCACUAAAGAUUGCGGAGGAUAUCAGAGAAGGUGCCACCAACACGAUGAUUGCUUUGCAUCAACAGGGUGAGCAGAUCAAUCGAACCCACAUGGCUGCAGCCGACAUCGAGCAGGAUCUUGGCAGGGGUGAGAAGCUGUUGGGAAGUCUUGGGGGCAUUUUUUCAAGGACUUGGAAGCCUAAAAAGGGUCAGACAAUAAAAGGACCUACACACAUUAGAGAUGAUCCUGAUAGAAGAAAGGGCAACCAUUUGGAGCAAAGGGAAAAACUGGGCCUUACAACUACCCCGAAUAAGGGACCCUCACGUUCAAGAACGCCACUUCCUGAAUCCUCCGAUGCAAUGCAGAAAGUUGAGUAUGAGAAAGGAAAGCAAGAUGAUGGGCUCUCGGACUUGAGUGAUAUACUGGGGGAACUCAAGGAAAUGGCCGUUGACAUGGGUUCUGAGAUCGAAAGGCAAAACAAGGCUCUGAAUCCUCUUCAGGACGAUAUUGAAGAGAUCAAUUUCCGAGUGAAAGGUGCCAAUCAACGUACUCGCCGUUUGCUCGGAAAAUAGACCAUAUGGUUUAUGAAGGAAUUUUUCGGUUAUUUUUCUUCAUUCUUAUGGGGAUUUUCCAGUCAAAACAGUACCUUUUUUGCAGCUUCUUGUUGCAUACAAACAUUUUAUGAACAUGAUACAAGCAUCUAAUUGCAAAAGUGCAUUGGUAAGCUAUGUGUUCUUUGCCAUUAUGCUGUAAACACAAUAUUUCCCCAUUUUGUCCUUUUUAUGUGCAUGAUAUUUAAUAACUUGUAAUUUACGAC